ACAACAUAAUUGCCGGUGGAAUUUUUCUUUCGUGUACUAUAAUAUAAUGGUUAGGAAAAUAGUUUGUCAUCGUGUUGCGCUGGAUUUCGAGGAUAUUUAAUGGCUUUCUGAUGUUUGUUUCGCAUCCACACCUCUGUGAUUUUUCAACGUGAGCUCUUUGCCGGCAAUCAUUUGCUCUGUCAAACGGAAAAGUGUGUGCAUGAAUGUGUUUUUCGCGCAUCGUGUUAACAACUGUAAGCUGACAAUACGGUACGCUUUUAAUGAGCGCUGACACAUCGUGCUGGGAUCGUUGAAGGCCGAUUUUGCUGCGUCAUCCUUGAAGGCGCAUCUAUCGAGCGGAUUCUAAUCACUAACCGGACGCCGGAAUCGCCUUUCCCUGAUUAUUGAUCGACGGGAUUUUCGGGGAGCAUAUUGAUCCUAUUUAACGUGCCCGGUGAUACCGUUUUUCCCACGAAUUUAUUUUAUAUAUUAAACGGAAUAUGGAGCGAUUUGGAUAUUUGUGCCUCGCUGUUCUUUUUGCCGCUGUUCCUUCAGUUCUGUCACGCAAAUGCUACGUGUGCGAUUCACAGCAGAAUCCGAGCUGUGCGGAUGGCUACCAGACCGGGAGUAUGAGUUAUCAAGAUUGCUCAACAUACGGCAGCGGUGGUUUUGGUCAGUUCGGACAGCAAGGAGGACAAUUCGGUCAGGGCGGCCAGGCCGGACAAUUCGGACAAGGGGGCCAAUUCCCGCAGCAGCAAUUCGGUUAUGGCGACAUGAACCGCUGCUUUAAGCUGACCAGGGUUAAUCCGGCCGGUGGUCCCGCUAUCAUCACACGAGGCUGCGGUAGUGGAAUGCAGAUGCAGGGACCCUCGUACGGAGCCACCAGUGACGGAUGCGUAUGGAACGGUCUACAACAGAGCUGCAGUUGCGACAGUAACUACUGCAACGGCUCAGCCCGCUUCACACCCACCCGCUUCACCGCCCUCCUUAUCGGCCUCUUAAGCGUGUGCGCUGGUGUCCUCUACCGACACAGUCUAUGAGAUACUUGUUAGAAAACACUGAAAAGUGGAGUCUGCACGUGGGCCAAAUACAUUUAUAUUCAAAAAAGCUGUAAAGUGAGGAAACGGGAAUCUGAUAUCUGUGGUAAAAUUGUACGAAUGCUGCGGACGGUGUGUGUGCGCGCCAUGAAGUUAUGCAAAACUGGAUUCAAGUAUUUUUCCACAAAAUAUGUGUAUUUUGUUAUUUGUUCGGUGUGUCGUCGUCUUUCUCGUAUAUUUUUACUGUACAUGUGUGCUUAUCCCUGCUGCUUGUCUGGUUUCUCUGCUUGAACUGCUUCUAUACGGUUUACGACCCUGUUGACCUUUAGAAAUGUGGAGUUGGUGGGAUAAUUCUGCUGUUAUUAUUUUGUUACAGUUUUAAUUACCGGUUGUUUAGUUGGUUGAAAUGUUACUUAUUCGCUACGUCGCCGUAAUAAUCAGUCGACAUGGUUAAGUGUGAUUGGAAGCCUUCGCGGAAACAAUGUUUAUUACUUUAAAGAAGCUCCGAUUG